CCCCUCCACCAGCCACACCUGAGAGAGCUUAAAGCUUGGCUGGCAACAGCCGGAGACCACAACAUCUUCUCUGCAAGCGACAUCACCAUGACGCCCAGGAAUAGCAGCUGCUUCCACCACCUCCUCCUCGUCUCCCUGGUGGGGCUUCUCACAGCCUCAGCUCACCUGACAGACACACCUGGGAAGAACGUUACAGGUGGGUGUGAGCGGGUGGCAGUCCCUAGGAGAGAAGGAGAGAAAAGCAACCAAAAUGGUCAAAGGCCUGGAAACGAUGCCUUAUGAGGAACGCUAAGGGAGCUGGGCAUGUUUAGCCUGGAGAAGAGGAGGUUAAGGGGUGAUAUGAUAGCCAUGUUCAAAUAUAUAAAAGGAUGUCACAUAGAGGAGGGAGAAAGAUUGUUUUCUGCUGCUCCAGAGAAGCAGACACGGAGCAAUGGAUCCAAACUACAAGAAAGAAGAUUCCACCUAAACAUUAGGAAGAACUUCCUGACAGUAAGAGCUGUUCGACAGUGGAAUUUGCUGCCAAGGAGUGUGGUGGAGUCUCCUUCUUUGGAGGUCUUUAAGCAGAGGCUUGACAACCAUAUGUCAGGAGUGCUCUGAUGGUGUUUCCUGCUUGGCAGGGGGUUGGACUCGAUGGCCCUUGUGGUCUAUUCCAACUCUAUGAUUCCAUGAAAGCCCUUGUCUCCAGCCUGGCCCAGCUGUACAAAGGAGCAGAAGGGCCAAAGCUCAGGGGGGGAGUGUCUGCCUUGCCGACAGAAAGACCCAUCUUCUCAAUCCCUGGUUCAUUUCCAGGUAGAACUGGAAGCUACCUCUACCUGGAAUCUUGGAGGCUUGCUGCCAGUCCACCAACCAACAGCUCUCAGCCUCAGAAAGUUCUCCCUGAUGUUUAGCCAGAAACCCCUUCCCUAUAACUUGAAGUCGUUGGUUCAGAUCUUACCCUCUGGAGCAGCAGAAAACAAGCUUGUUCCAUCUCCUGUAUCAUUUAGAUAUUUGAAGGUGGCUAUCACUGUAGAGCUGGAAGGGAUCCUGAGGGUUGUCUAAUUCCAACCCCCUGCAAUGCAGGAAUCUCAGCCAAAGCACCCAUGACAGACGGCUGUCCAACCUCUGCUUCGAAACCUCCAAGGAAGGAGAGUCCACAACCUCUUGAGGGAGGCAGUUCCAUGGCCAAACAGCUUUUAAAGCCCGAAAGUUCUUCAUAAUGUCUACUUCUCUUUGCCUUUUCCAGUUGCUGCAGAGAAAGCUGGCACGUGCCCCAAUGCAACGCUGGGGACGGCCCGUGGAAACUGCACAGAAGAGUGCCAGUCCGAUGCCAGCUGUGCGGGGACAGAGAAAUGCUGCUGGACGGGCUGCGGGGCCUCUUGCCGUCUCCCAAACGGUAACACUUGCCCUCCUUUGCCCCCUGCAAUUCUCCUGCCCCCAGGACCCAGUCUCAGGUGGGCCUCAAUGCCACAUUCAUAGAACUGUAGAGCUGGAAGGGGCCCAAUCCUGCACUGCAGGAGUCACACUUUAAGGUGCUGGAUGCAACAUGGGGGGAUAGCUGUGAUGGGAGGCAAGUUGCCCAUGGUGCCAGGGGCCCAGCAAUGGCACCGUCUCCAGGCAGGGGCCCCUCCGUGCAGGAGAGUGUCCAGGAAAAGCAGGCCCAGUGCUUAGAUUGUGACUUGGCCUAACAGCAUUUGCUGGCGAGGUGCCAGAGAGAUGAGUGGGCUGCAGCAAGCAACUCCUGAUGGGUGAAGCAUUCCUGAAAGGAGCACAAUCUGAAUUCCACUCCUUCUGUAGGAUGAGGGAGGGGAAGCUGUGCAGGAGCCGGCCUGAAACCCGUCUGGAAUUCUGCCAAGACAGCAUGGAUGGAUGUCCUGUCUCUCCAGGCAAUGCCUGCAAACAGUAGCAUUGGAAGGGACCACGAAGGUCAUCCAGUCCAACCCCCUGCAAUGCAGGAUUUUAUUUUAUUUUUGCCCAACUUGGGUCUUGAACCCACGACCCUGAGAUUAGGAGUCUGAUGCUCUCCCUCUCUCCCCAUGCAGAUAAACCAGGGUUCUGCCCUCCGGAUCCCCCUAUCAUCUCACUGCUGGGCAUCUGCAGGGAUCAGUGCAGGGAGGACUCUGAUUGUCCCGGCAACAGGAAGUGCUGCAUGAGCGGCUGCAAGAAAUGGAACUGCGUCCCUCCCAGAGAGCAAGGUAAGUGAGUGGCAGAAGAGCAGCAUUUGGGGGGUGAAGACAUCAUUUCUGUGUUGUGGGUCUUCAGAUGAAGGUCUCCGUGAACCUGUCAGUAUUGAUUGCUGCUGGUUUCUCAUUUAGCUGAUCUCAUGUUUCUCCUAAUAUGAACACCUUUGAAUGUGAUUUUGCCCGAGAUUCACACUUUUGCAAUCUGAUGGAGGCUCCUUCGCAGCUAGCAGGUGAAGCAAAGACAGAGAGUUCCCAGGACUCAGCUACACAGCUGCAAGUAAAACGUUUUAAGUGUGUUGCAAAUCGCAAUAUACAAAUGUGACACUAGAUGGCGAAAGUGAGCUAUGGCAAAUUCAAUGUAUAUAUAUAUUUUUAAAAAAACCUUUUUUAAAAAAGCAUUUUCACACCAUUAUUUUUACAUGUGUGUAGAUUCCACCCUAGUCCACUGAGUAGACCUUGCCCGGCAAGCAAAGUAGAGAGCUUAAAAGUUCUCUAUGCACCCAAGCAGACCUGGCAAGAAAUGAGCUUCUCCGCUUUGCUUGGGUUUAACUUGUGCCGUUUCAACCAUCCUACCUUCAACCGCAUACAGUUGAAAUUGCUCAAGUUAAACAUGCAUAAGAUGCUAUUGCACUGUAUACACAACUGAAAUCAUCCCAUGUCCUUCCCCUGUUCACUUGCAUUUCUGUCCCCUUCCUGUCAGGUGUCUCUACCUUGUAAAUGGCACAGCCUUUGGGACAGGCACAUUACAAACACCAUCUACAGAGAUGGUGCUGUGUGUCUUGCCGAAUGCAAGGCGGUUCUUUUAAAAUGAGAUUCAGAAGUGACACAAAACACAAAUGAGUGAAAAGAUUGAAGAUUUGGUUUUAAACAGCAAGCAAUAUAUACAUGCCAAGGAAGCGCCUCAGUCUGCCACUGGGAAGCCCUCAAGAAGUGGCGAAGUGACUCCCCCAGGUAGCCUCAGUUUGCACAGCCCCACAGCUAUCAGUCUGUGCAUGAGCUUCUCAGAAACUAUGCCCCAAACCAUCCAGUUUAUAGCUAACUAGCCAGUUAGCCUGCAUGGCUUGCUUGACUGGCUACGUGCAGAUAAUUCAUUAGCCACCUCUCCCAGAGCCUCACUUUCUCCAAACAAUGUCCGACAUCAAAGAAGGUACCCAGCACUAUCACUUCCUUCCAAAAGAUUAAGACAUGAAAGGCUGUUUCUCAGCCAUCAAAGAGCUUAACAAGAGAUAGGGAAGGGGAAAGGAACAGGGGGCAGGAAGGGUAACCAUGACGGAUCACUUGUUGUUGUUGUUGAGUCGUUUAGUCGUGUCCGCCUCUUUGUGACCCCCUGGACCAGAGCACGCCAGGCCCUCAUGUCUUCCACUGCCUCCCACAGUUCAGACUCAUGCUGGUAGCUUCGAGAACACUGUCCCACCAUCUUGUCCUCUGCCACCCCCCUCUCCUUGUGCCCUCCAUCUUUCCCAACAUCAGGGUCUUUUCCAGGGAGUCUUCUCUUCUCAUGAGGUGGCCAAAGUAUUGGAGCCUCAGCUUCAGGACUGAUUUCCUUAAGAAUGGAGAGGUCUGAUCUUCUUGCAGUCCAUGGGACUCUCAAGAGUCUCCUCCAGCACCAUAAUUCAAAAUAAUCAAUUCUUCGGCGAUCAGCCUUCUUUAUGGUCCAGCUCUCACUUCUACACAUCACUACUGGGAAAACCAUAGCUUUAACUAUACGGACCUUUCUCGGCAAGGUGAUGUCUCUGCUUUUUAAGAUGCUGUUUAGGUUUGACGGAUCACUUAACUCCCCGAAACACAAAUAUCUUCUGGAUAGACCGUGCAUACAGUGUGUUGCACACCUCCAGCAAAGUUAUGCUCACUAAUCCCUCUCUCAUCUUCCCUCUGCAGAUCCAGAAGCCGAGACCCCAUGGAACACCUGAGGUGGGGGACCCUCCACAGACCCCGACCCCAGAGCCAUGACAACCGCUGGCCUCCCUCAUCUCUUGGCACUUGGUCUCCUCUUCACCUUCGCCAUGUUCGUUGGAGUCCCUCACCCACUUUCUCCCUUUGCACAGUAGCCCUCAAUUCAUAUGGCUUAGUCACCAUUGCUUGCUCCGUCCUCCAGACCACCUGUGCCCGUCGCUCUGUGCAUACACACAACACCUGACAGUAUCAGGAAGCUGUAGGACCUCCCUUUUGGAUUUGGAGUCCCACUUCCUGUCCCUCCCUCCUGGCUCAGAAUGAAAGCCAAGCCAAGAAAGCAGCCAUGUAGAUCAUAUACCACAAGCAAACGCAUUAAAGGUGCUUCUUAUGUACAAUAGAAUUAAGGGUUUGUUGUUCUGUUCUGCGCAUGUGCCCCCUGUGCCCUGUGUUUCCUGCUAAUUAUGGAGUUGAAGAAAUUCUUCAAAACAUUUCAUGUCAUGUCCCUGCUCAGGGAAGUUUUUAAUGUUUGAAGUUUUAUUCUGUUUUUAAUGCUCUGUUGAAAGCCAUCCAGAGUGGCUGGGGAAACCCAGCCAGAUGGGGGGGGGUAUAAAUAAUAAAUGAUUAUGAUCGCCAUCGCCAUCAAUAAUUAUUUUAUAUAUAUAUAUAUUAUUUUGACAACGUAAUAAUAAAAAAUUGUUGUUGUUGUUGAGUCGUUUAGUCGUGUCCGCCUCUUCGCGACCCCCAUGGACCAGAGCACACCAGGCCCUCCUGUCUUCCACUGCCUCCCGCAGUUUGGUCAAACUCAUGUUUGUAGCUUCGAGAACACUGUCCCACCAUCUCGUCCUCUGUCAUCCCCUUCUCCUUGUGCCCUCCAUCUUUCCCAACAUCAGGGUCUUUUCCAGGGAGUCUUCUCUUCUCACGAGGUGCCAAAGUCUUGGAGCCUCAGCUUCAGGAUCUGUCCUUCCAGUGAGCACUCAGGGCUGAUUUCCUUCAGAAUGGAGAUGUUUGAUCUUCCUGCAGUCCAUGGGACUCUCAAGAUUCUCCUCCAGUACCAUAAUUCAAAAGCAUCCAUUCUUCGGCGAUCAGCCUUCAUUAUGGUCCAGCUUUCACCUCCAUAAUAAAAAAAAGAAUAAAAAAUAAAUAAGAAUAGAAAUGUGUGCCCCACCCCCGAGACCAUUCCAUUGUAACUAUCCAACCUCCCAAAAUUUCAGCACCUCUUGCGGUGGUUUGACCCCUUUCCUGUUUUCACAGUACAAAUUCUACAAACACCGUCACAUAAAUGGUUAUAAGGAGCCAUGCCUACAUGAGGUGAAGAGGGCAAAUUCCUGCAUCUGAGAAAAACAAGCUUUAUCUUAUGAAUUACGAGGUGUCAUAAAGCGAGCCAAAAAAGUGGGCAUCGGCAUUUCUUUGGAGUUAUUCAUGGCCGUGGAAAUGCAUCAACAGGUUUUCUCUGGUCGCCAGUUUCUCAAGGUGCUCCUCCUUCCAGUCUCUGGAGCCAGGAACACUGUUGUGGCAGCUCAAUGUCACAAAUGGGCCAAGGGACCAAGAAGGUCCCAGAUUUUUGUAUUAUGAGUCCUGAUGGAAUGAUGCCCUUAUCCAUUAAAAGGAGCUAGAGAAAUUUUAUUUGAUAGAUAUGAUGUUGUAUAAAUCCUUGGUUUUCUUUUCUUCCCUUUUUCUUGUUUUUUCAGACUUAUUUGUUUUUUGUUUCUAUACUUAUCUUCGUUGUAUGUUUGUAUGUUUGCAUUUUAAACCAAUAAAGAUAUUAAAAAUAAAAUAAAAUGAGCCAGAGAAAAGGC